UAUGGGCAAUUUUCACCACUACCAUCAAUCCUAUGGCAUGAAACCAAUUAACUAAUCCAUAAUUAGCACCAAAAUUUAUCCCCUCCAGCCCACAUCUCCAAUAUUAUUUCAAUCCCAACCUUCCUUCCCCUCUAAAUGGCAAAUAAAUAAAUAAGAUUUCUACUCAAUUUGCUUAAAAUUAGAUGAGGAUAAAAUAGAAAGGCUAACUUUAAGGCAGUAUGACCAAUCAAAUUACUUCUCAAUGGAUAAAUUAGACUAGAUUCUUUUAUUCUCUUUUAAUUCUUCUCACUUUAUUCACAAGAGUAAUUUUGACUUUUAGUGGGUUGUCAAAUUUAGCAUAUCAAUAAGCAUUAAUUGAAAAUUCCUCUAUGUUUAAGUUUCCCUUUUUUUACCACAUAGUACUUCCUAGACUAGUACUUCCUAGACCUUAGUAGUAGUACAAUCACCAAAAGAGGAUGGGAAUGACAUAUUAAAAAAAAAAAAACUCAAAGGACACAAAAAAAAUUUUUUAAAAAAAAAUAGAAUAAAAUAAACUGAAAAAUAAAUUUACCUCACCUACCAUUGUAAUUUUCUACUUUUUUUUUUAUUAGGAAAGGAAAACUUAGGUUAAUCUCGUUAAUCCAAGGACCAGCCUAAAACAUUCCUACGAAUAAUUAGAGAAAAAUUGUAAUUUUUACUGUCUUUUGACUCUGAAUGGAUCUCCCUAUUUAGUAGCUUCAAGUUGAUCUGAAAAUUUUAAUCCCCCAUUUUUCUAAAAUUUCCUAAAUCUUUUUCUUCAUUUUCCUCUCUCUUUUCCAUAAUCAAAAUCAAAUCUCCUUAACCUUUACCUCUUUGAAACUCCAACUCUUCCAUCAACACAACUCACCUCUCCAAGAAACCAUAAGAUUCCUUCCCUUUCUUCCCACUAUCCCUCCCUUAUCUUCAACAAACUCCAUUUCUUAGCUCUCCUUAGAGAUAAGAGAGAGAAAAUCCCAAAACAAAAACACAAAAAAUUACAAAAAAAACAAGAACAAACUACCAUUGUAAUUUGCUACAAAUAUUUCUGCAAUUUACCCACAAAAAUUCCACAUUUUGAGCAAAACCCAGAUACCAAAACUCAAUUCUGAGCAAAACCCACAAAUUAUCUCCCCUCCCAUCUGUAUUAUUCAUCUUAAUUUCAGGUGGGAAGAUAAGAUUGUUUGUUUGUUUGUUUUUAUUUUUUUGAAAAGAUAAGAUUUGGUGGUUUUGGGUGUUGAAUGAAAGAAAUGGCUCACAUAGACAACUCCCCAUCAACACCAGGAAAGUUCAAAAUGGAGAAAUCUGGUUACAACAUUCACCACCAAUACCAUCAUCGUUUAAGAUGGCCUGUUGCAAAACUUACAUUUUGGUGUUGCAUUUUCGUUGGAUUAAUUCUAGUAUUUAUGUUGAGAUCAUCAUCUUCUUCUUCGUAUUCAGCCUCAGAUUAUAGAGAUAAAGAUAGUAUUAGUACUCGUCAUUCCCGUUCCCUCCGCACAUUCUCAUGGGGCGGCCCCUCAUGGGAGAAGCGCGUUCGAAACUCAGGUCGAGUUCGAGCUCCCAACGGUUUCUCUGUGCUAGUCACCGGUGCUGCUGGUUUUGUUGGCACCCACGUCUCAGCCGCAUUGAAGAGACGAGGUGAUGGUGUUUUAGGAUUGGAUAAUUUCAAUGAUUACUAUGAUCCUUCAUUAAAAAGAGCUAGACAAGCUCUUCUUGAUAGAAGUGGUGUUUUUAUUGUCCAAGGUGAUAUAAAUGAUGAACCUCUUUUAAAAAAGUUAUUUCAACUUGUUCCUUUUACUCAUGUUAUGCAUUUAGCUGCUCAAGCUGGUGUUAGAUAUGCUAUGCAAAAUCCUUCUUCUUAUAUUCAUAGUAAUAUUGCUGGUUUUGUUAAUUUGCUUGAAGUUUGUAAAUCUGUUAAUCCUCAACCUUCAAUAGUUUGGGCAUCAUCUAGUUCUGUUUAUGGGUUGAAUUCUAAAGUUCCAUUUUCUGAAAAAGAUAGGACUGAUCAACCUGCUAGUUUAUAUGCUGCUACUAAGAAAGCUGGUGAAGAGAUUGCUCAUACAUAUAAUCAUAUAUAUGGUCUUUCACUUACUGCCUUAAGAUUCUUUACUGUAUAUGGUCCUUGGGGUAGACCAGAUAUGGCUUACUUUUUCUUUACUAAGGAUAUAUUGAAGGGAAAAUCCAUACCAAUCUUUGAGGCUGCGAAUCAUGGCACCGUUGCUCGUGAUUUUACCUACAUUGAUGAUAUUGUCAAAGGUUGUUUAGGGGCUUUGGAUACUGCUCAGAAGAGUACUGGUAGUGGGGGUAAAAAGAAGGGUCCUGCUCAAUUAAGGGUCUUCAAUUUGGGGAAUACGUCGCCUGUUCCUGUUUCCGAUCUUGUUUCCAUAUUGGAGUCUCUCUUGAAGGUAAAGGCUAAGAGGACAGUCAUGAAGUUGCCUAGGAAUGGUGAUGUGCAGUAUACGCACGCCAACAUUAGCUAUGCUAAGAGGGAGCUUGGGUAUAAGCCCACCACAGAUCUGCAAGGCGGCUUGAAGAAGUUUGUUAGAUGGUACCUCAAUUAUUAUAAACCAGGAGGGAAGAAGAGCUCUGUGUGAGGCGUUUUCUUGAUGCUGUAACUUAUUCAAUGUUGCACCACGGUAGGGAUUAUGCCAAAUUCUUGUUCAUUGAUUCUUCGUAUGAUUGUUUUUUGGAGGUUUGUCUACUCAUUGCUGCAUCGAUUAUGUCCUAUUUGUGUAAUCUUAGCAAUGCCUUAUAAUGAGAGAAUACUUGCUUCACCCCGUGAUGGGAGAAGUUUUGGGAUUACAGAAAAUCGUUUGGGCAUCAUAAGCUGUACAAGAACCAUCUAUUUUUUUUUCUUUUCCCAUUCUUAAUCUCUUUCUUGAGAAUGUAAUUCGUUGUAGUUUCAGCAAAUGUAGAAUUCAUGAGUAAUAGAAUGUUGCCAAUUCAUGGACUUGUGUUAUUGCAAUGCAAUUUGAAUAAAGUUAGGACACAAUGCCUUCA